AUGGCGACGACGCCCAAAUGGGUUCAGCAGCAGCAGCAGCAGCAGCCGUGCGCGCCGGCUGCACGUCGUGCUGCGGGGUACACGGUGGUGAGAUGCUCCUCGUUGCCUGAGGGACCGGCGCCGCAGCUGCAACUGCCGCCGCCUAUACGGCGGUCGGCGAACUACCAACCCAACAGUUGGAACUACGAUUCAUUGGAGUCAUCAUUAGCGGGUUGCAACAAGCGUAAUCGUGAGGGGGACCCAUCUAGCUUCGACAAGUUAAAGUUUCGAGUAAGGCAUCUACUUCUCCAACAGGAAGUAGAAAUAUUGACGAAGCUUAGAGUCAUUGACACAGUUCAACGGCUCGGUGUUGCUUACCAUUUCGACGACGAGAUCAGUGCCAUACUCAACUCCGUGUCAACGGAGAAACAAGACGUCGAUCGCGUGGACGAUGUUCGUCUCAUGACCUUAUCCUUUAGAUUGCUUAGGCAGAACAACUAUCCCGUUUCUCCAGAAGUAGUGUUGCGAAGCCUGAAGGAUGGAACUGGUAACUUCAAGAAAACGCUUCAGAAAGAUACAGAGGGUCUUCUUUCCCUCUACGAGGCUUCACAUCUUGCAUUUGAAGGCGACCAUCUCCUGGAUGAAGCACGGGUGUUUUCUACAGAGGCUCUAAGAGAACUCAGGCCGUCCAUGCAUCCACAUCUAAGGAGCUCUGUGGAUAAUGCUUUGGCCGUUCCACUGCACUGGGCGGCCCCACGGUUGCAAGCGAGAUGGUUCAUCAACCACUAUGCAAGAGAUAGUGAUGCGGAUUUGUCGUUGCUUCAUUUUGCCAAGCUUGACUUCAACAAUGUGCAGAAAUUACAGCAGCAAGAACUUUCAAGGAUUACACGCUGGUGGAGGAACGCUGAUCUGAGUGAAAGUCUGCCAUUUGCGAGGGAUCGUCUGAUGGAGUGCUUCUAUUUUGCUACCGGGGUUGCUCCUGAACCUAGUCUCGAGGCAUGUCGAGAAGUGGUCGCUAAAACAUUUGCUCUGAUUGUGCUCUUAGACGAUAUCUAUGAUAUCUACGGAACCCUGGAUGAGCUUGUAAUGUUCACCGAUGCCAUUGAAAGAUGGGGGACAUCCGCAAGCGAACAACUCCCUGAGUAUAUGAAAGCAAUCUACCUCACGAUCGUCAGCACAUCAAAUGAGGUGGCUGAGCACGUGCUUAGGCAAGAAGGAUGCGACGCGAGGUUUCUUCUUAAGAAAGCGUGGCAUGACCUCUGCAAGGCAUUCCUAAUGGAAGCAAAGUGGCAUUACAGCAAUUACAAACCAACCCUCCAUGAGUAUUUGGAGAACGGGUGGAUAUCUGUCUCUGGGCCACUAAUGUUAAUUCAUGCUUUCCCCAUCAUCGAGAAGAAGGGUGUUACCCCAAACUCCAUACAGCAACUCGAGAGUUAUCCAAAAUUGGUACAGAUGGUAUCCAAAAUAUUCCGCCUUUGCAACGACUCCGCAACGCAUUCUGAAGAGCUGAAGAGAGGAGAUGCGCCAUCUUCUAUAGCCAUUUACAUGUCAGAGAACAGAGCCACGGAGCAUGACGCUCGCAAGGCCAUGAGAGAUCUGACCAUGGAGACCUGGAAAACAGUCAACCAGGAUGCGUUCAGUAACUGCCGAUUCCCUCUUCCCUUCGCAAAUGCCUGCGUGAAUAUGGCGCGCAUCUCUCACUGCAUCUACCGGGGCGGAGGAGAUGGUAUUAGUGCACCAGAUGAUGAGAAAAUGAUGGAAAUCAAGGAGCUAUUCUUGCAGCCAUUCAAAGUGGAAAAUUGAAGGUGCAUGCAGAUGCAGCUUGCUAAUUAAUUGCCCCAACUCAGUCCACCGAGACAUUGUGGUGAAAAUUAGA